AGAGGCUUUUAUUGUGAAAUCUGUCUCGGUGCGGAAGUAGACUGUUAGCUUCAGGAACCCAGUUGGAGGAAAAAGAUUUUCCUUCUGCUGGAAAAACUGUUUGACACUGAGUCCAACAAAGACCGAAGAAGCUAAAAACCUGUAGCUAAUGGACCGUUGGAAAUCUUCACAAAUCCUUAGUUGAAAGGACGUGCGGCUGCCGAGUCGUCGGUCGGUCCGGAACCAGAACCAGGCCCCAGACUGGACCCCGGACACAAGCAGCGCCGCGACACCGGAGGGCUGAUGUGUGGGUGAGGGAAGUGGCAUGCUGUCGUUAGAGGAGGUUAAAUGCGGAUCACCGUGACUUAGGCUGGCGGCGAGUUCUCAGCGAGUCCAGGGCGACUUGUGGUGCAUCGGAUCGGCUGUGAAGGCUCGAAGCUCCGGGAUGGCUCAGCUGGAAGUCAGCCAGACAGGAGCUAGCUUCACCGUGAGCUAACAUCGGAGUUAACCGACAACAACUUUUAGUCGCUAACAGGCCAGACAGAAAGACAGAAAAACAAGUAUGAGCAUCAGAGCGGGGUUUUUUUGAGUGAGCGGGGCUUGUUUUAUUUCGCUUUAUUUGUUCGCAGUUUCUCCAGGCCUGAUCAGUGUUUAUGGAGGGAGUAUAGCUGCGUCGUUAGCCAGCCUCCACCGCCCCAAUGAAAGAAUACAAAGUUGUCGUGCUGGGCAGCGGCGGCGUCGGGAAGUCCGCGCUCACCGUGCAGUUUGUCACCGGCACCUUCAUCGAGAAGUACGACCCGACCAUCGAGGACUUCUAUCGGAAGGAGAUCGAGGUGGACUCGUCCCCCUCAGUGCUGGAGAUCCUGGACACGGCGGGGACGGAGCAGUUCGCCUCCAUGAGGGACCUGUACAUUAAAAACGGCCAAGGUUUCAUCCUGGUCUACAGCCUGGUCAACCAGCAGUCCUUCCAGGACAUCAGGCCCAUGCGAGACCAAAUAGUGCGAGUUAAGCGCUUUGAGAAGGUGCCGUUGAUCCUGGUCGGCAACAAAGUGGACCUGGAGUCGGAGCGCGAGGUCGCCGGCUCAGACGGGCGAGCCCUGGCUCAGGAGUGGGGCUGCCCUUUCAUUGAGACAUCCGCCAAGAGCAAGACGAUGGUGGACGAGCUGUUCGCGGAGAUUGUCCGACAGAUGAACUACUCCACGCUGCCGGAGAAGCAGGAGCAGUGCUGCACGGCCUGCGUGGUGCAGUGAGGAAGAGAAACCGUUUCUUUGGAUCCCUGCAGCCGUUUUGAAGCACCUGAGGAUAACCUGAUGUUGACAAAAACUUAGAGCAUCGGGUAUUCGUUCUGUCACAGAGACAGAAGAGACCUAUUUUUGAUAAGUGUUGGAAGAUGCUUCUGCUGCAACCUCAACGGCCUUUGUGACGAGCGUGAAAGCAGUCAUACGAACCGACUCAGCAGAGCAGCCCUCUGUGAAUUUCUGUCUUAUUAUUAUUUUUAAUAUUUUCUUUUGUCCUUAUAGAUGGUUUUCCUGACAUACUAAGCAGAAGUGUUUUGUGGGGUUGCAGCAUUUUUUUACAGCUGCGUUAAUCACUAUUAUAUUCUUUAAUAUUACUUGUGUCAUGUCUGAAAUUUGGAAUUUGAUAAAAGUAUUUCAUUAUAAUGCAACAUUUAGAUUUUUAAGCAUGCAUACUUAAACCGGUGUGCUGCUCAGGUGUGCGGAUCAUCUUAUUUCAAAACUUUCAGCCUUGAGUUCUUUUUCUAAAACCUCUGCGGCGUAUUUCCUUUUAGUCGUUUCAACCCUUAUAAAAACGGACAAACUGGUGUUAUUUACGUUACGGACAGUCGAGUUUCAUCAUCUCUGUGACCUGAAGCAGCUGAAAACCGGCCUGCUCCAAAGUGAAGAUGUUUAAAUGAGCCAUUAUUUUUCCACCUGUAGCCUGAACUCUGUCUCUAAAAGAAGAGGCUCGUUCGGACGCAGGUCUUCCGUUGUCACUUUCCUUCAGGUUUUCAGAACGACCGAAGUCAGACCGAGACGAGGAACGCGUGUCGCUAUAAAUUCACGCUGAUUUCUUGUUGCAAGUAACUCCUGCUGCCGUGUGGUCCGGUGAACGUUCUGGCACAGUUCAUCCCACUUUAACUUUUGUAUCUUGCGUUUCUUUUUAUUACAGUAACAUAUUUAUUAAAACAUGACAUGGGUAGUCAAUUUUAAGCUUACUUUUAUACUAGCUUCUGCUUUUUUGUCAGUUUUCGGGAUCUUUUAACAGAGCCUUAAAUUUUUCCCCCUGCCCCCUGUUAUUUGUCUUUUCUUGAAGAUAAACAACUGUAAUUAUUUGAGAAUAAACAUGCUGGAACUUCUGUUUUUGUGAUGACACACAGAUAAAGUAUUAUCUUUAAAUGA